ACAGGUAGUUACCAUACAAAGGUUUUAUUUAUCCUAACAUCCCUUCGACUACUGAUAUGUUUUGGGAAAUCGACAGAGAUGUUCUUCUGUUCCAUUCUUACUCCUUUACACUGAAUAACCCAACGAGGAAACAAAACCUGAAGAAAGAUCAUUCAGGUGAAGAUUUUACUGCAGAGUGCCUGACCAAGCUGCAAUUGCAGAUAUCUUUAGUAUGUCAGAGUACUAACCAGUCAGCAGGGAUUGUGGAGCUUACAUAUACAUCAGAUAUUCAGCACACAAGAAAUACUUACAGAGAUCUCUGUAGCUAUAUCAAUCGUUACGGAGCUUCUUCUGAUUAUCUUGUUAACUGUGGCAAAAGAGACAGUUUGAUCUGUAAAACCAUGCAAAUGGAACGAUUUGAUUCCACUCUACCCUCAGCACCUCCAGCAAAUAUGGAAGUUUUGUAUGCAGGGCGUCAUAAACACCGGCUCUAUUUGUCGGAAGGUUUGAUACGUUACAGAUGCAACGGGUGUAAAGCAUAUGGAGCUAAUACAGGGUAUAAAUGUCAUUUAUGUGGGAAUGUCACGUUCCACAUAUCAUGUAUUGACUAACCAGAUGAUUGUGUGCAUCCCCAGUAUCCUAGAUACUGGUUUAGAUUUCCCAAGAAGACUGCUAAGCGAGGACAACGGUUGGACAUCUCCCUUAUCAUGUAUUGAUAAGGCUAAGUUCAGCAUACAAUGUUUAGCGCAUAUGAUAUCCAUUGAGUAUAUACAAAUUAUACAGUCAUAUCUCCAUGAAGGUAUAUUUUGCUUGCACGGACUGCAUUUAAGUUCUCUUUUCUUCUUUCUGAUAAGUUUCAGGGAAUGGUCGGCAAGUGUGUGUUUGUUACAGUUAAAUUCUCGUGGUAUG